AUGGCUAUCUCCAAGGCCACUGCCUCAUGCCUCCAGAGCUUCACAGAAUGCCUGGCAGUCGAAGCGUUGAUGACGGACGAAUGGACCGAGAACCGCCUGGCCGACUUCAACUUGUGGAUCUCUGGGGUCGGUGCUUCAGCUCGGGGACGAGCAUCUCUCGACUCAAGGCUGAUAGCGAGGCCAGAAGCACGCAAGGUCAUAGAAAACUUAUUGAAACUGCUCGCGGGAGUUGUUAAUGACUUGAAAAGACAAGCAGUCUCCGGACCUGACCACUCCAUGCCGGAAUUUAGAAAUAGUCAGAGCGCUCCCGCACCACAGGAGCCUCCACCACGGCCAUUCUCCCCCUGGUCGACUGACUCUGACUCUGACUCGCGGGAGGACAACGAAUCCCGGCUAGGCUCUACGCGCAAUCCCCUGCACGAAGGAAUGCAGAAUGUAGAGAUGAUGCUGGAUCAGCUUGCAAGAAUUGGGGUCUCCAUACGCCAAUCAGGCAGACGGUCGCGUUUGCAAAAGGCAGACCAGCGCUUCAGGCCAGAGGGCCACAAAGAAUUAGAACAGCACCUUAGCACCAUCUUGCUUGCCCGCCCAGAAUUCUCGAAAGACGGAAUCGAGCUUUCAAAGCUGACUGAAGUUCAACAACGGUUGAUUCAUUGCAAUUUGAAACGCCGUAAUCGCUUCCUGUAUGCACAGCAGCACUCGAAGGGAUUGGACUCUUUGUCUCCAAUGGAUCAGUUCACAACACCGGUUACUGAUAUGAAGCCGACCGAUCCACAACCAGGACUGAAAGAUCAGAGACCUGGCGCAGCCAAUGCGAAGAUGUCGAGUGGGCAGGGAGAUGGGAAAACAGGAACGAGCGCAUCUGCAGUCAGCGAAUCGUACCUGUUAGAUGGAAUCCCAGUGCCAGCACCGGCAACAUCGACAAUAAUGUCGUCAACCGUGAUUGAUCUCGAAUACCCACGCCCCCCAAUAGUUAGCAAGGAGGCACAACUUUUUCGAUGUCCUUGCUGUUGCGUGGCACUUCCAAUGUUCUUUUUGGAAACAAAUAGGUGGAUGAAACACGUCGCAGACGAUGUUAGCCCCUAUAGCUGUAUCCUGUCAGGAUGCAGCAACCCUUAUGUUCUCUAUAGCACCAAAGAGAGUUGGAGAAAGCAUCUUCUGACAGAGCAUUCCAGUUUCGAAUAUUACAUCUGCUUUGCUUGCACUGACAAAAAGCAACUGUACUCGGAGAAUGAGUUUACUAUGCACAUCAGAAUACAACACGCGUCGACAAUACCACCGGAUCGGAUUCCACUUCUGACACCUCUCUGCAAACGAUCAGCCCCGGUCAAGAUUACCUCGUGUCCAUUAUGCACCUGGCCCGAAGGCGAAGACGGAGAAGUUGAUAAAGACGUGCUUUUAGACCAUAUUGCCAAGGAGAUACACGCUUUCUCACUGCGGGCAUUGCCCUGGGCUGAUGAUAAUGGGCAAGAGACUGAUGAGCGAAUAGAGUACAGCACGAACAAAGUCCGUGAUUGGCUCGUCGAGAACAAUUUGUCAGUCAACCCAAGUGAGGAGAGGCCAGUUCGUGAAAGGAGAAGCUACCUUUCUGAAUACUUCGAACAGAAUGCGUACUUUGGAGGCAGCUCGGCAGCCUCCAAUUCUAGUGACGUUGACACGGUUCUUUCUUGGGAAGUUGAACUUGACAACCUGAAAGAGGUAGACGGUCCCCUUUCUUUUGGAAGUGGUGAGUACGAUGUGUCUUCUAAAGAGGACACUGAUAAUGGCAAAGCAUAUUCUGAGCUUGAUUCGGGGAGACCUGAAAGUUUGGGAGUCGAUAUCCCCUACAGAAAGGACUCUGAUGAUGACGAACCAGGUUCCGAUGUUGAUUCACUCGGGCCUAUAAGUUGGGGAAGUGAUAUACCCAAUGUAAAGAGCUCUCAUGAUGACGAACCAAAUUCUAAUAUCGACUCAGGUCAGCCUGGAGGUUGGGGAGGUGAUAUACUGUAUAUCAAGGGCUUUUAUGAUGAUGAACCAAAAUCUGAUGUCGCGUCAGUCGGGCCCGUAGGUUGGGGAAGUGAUAUAUCCCACAUAAAGCGCUCUCAAAAUGACGGAAUACAAUCCGAGUUUGAGUUGGAGAAACCUGGAAGUGAGGCUCUUUCUGACAAGCGGUCUGGGACACCCAAUAAGGGUCCAAACCAGCAGCAUCCAGCUUCCAGUUCUCCUGCAGCACAGUCUUUGAGUGGUGCUUUACUCACAUCAGCCGACAAUGUAGAAGAUGUUGCGGCUGGCUUUCGCAUGCUCCGCGAGCCUCUCCCAGAGCAUGCAACAGAGAUUACUAUUCUUAUUUCGGAUCUUUAUUCUAUAUCGAGCUCACUAAGGGGUUAUAGUACGAUAUUAGGAAACGGAAUCCACCAACAAAAUAUUGCCUCUGCAGAGUCUGAUAUAGAAUUAGUCCGUACUAGUUUGAAAAAAACACUGGAUGAUAUUUUCGAUUUCUUUGGCGACAUCGACCUUCGCCAAGGAUCGGAUAGGGACAAAUACCAGCGAACGUGGACCGUGAUGUGUAAGUACUUCUACGACAAGUCCCAGGGGUCACUUGCAAAUCGUCUGGCUAUAUACAAAGCCUUUCUAGGUGAACUAGCGAAUAUUAGCAACGAAGGGUUUUCGGAUGGAAAGCUGAUGGCCAACCUGCGGAGACAUAUCGAAUCUCUACAGGACAGCCAGACCUCCCGCUCUACAUUGAAAGUGGGCCCUGCAUCCCCUACAGCUUCCAACCCACAUGGCCCUGACUCUGUGGAUGACGAUUCGAGUAGAGAUCAACCAGGUUCCGUCAGUAAUCACUGGGUAAAAACAGUUUUUGAAACCAAUACCUCAUCUACCCCAAUUCCCGAGACUGGAGAAAGCUCUGAAUGCUUCGGUGAGCCGCAAGUUGAUGUGAAGACAUGGCUUCAUUACGAGGGUUUUAGACAGGCUCUUCAAUUGCCUUUCCCUGACCAACGGGAUACCCUAGUUUCAUUUUACGUCCGAGACUUUGACCACUGUGUACGAAUCUUAUGCGAAAGGGUUUCCGUGAAUGAACCCCACGAUUAUUACUGCCUACCGCUGGAUAUGCUUGAGAUUGUUCGCGUUGGCUCCUGUCUUCAGUUGUGUCGGCGCAGGCGUCAAGGGCAGGAACUUGUGCUCUGGCUGAAUCUUAAGUUCACGACAAUUGAAAGCAUGGUUUGUUUUUUCAGCACGUUUUUAGCUCUCCGUAGCCAAGACCGUGGUCGACCGGUUGAGCGGAUCAGAGAUUAUGAGCUGGACAUGGAGAAUGAGCUAUACGGAGGCCUAAUAUUUGCUGGAAAAGAUUUACACGCCCUGCGAAUAUACCAGGACGGCUCUUCUCGGGCUGUACGACUCCAGGCCUCGAUGUAUCGUGGGGAGAUGAAAUAUGUUCCAGUCUGGACAGCCUUUAUCACCCAGCAUAUGAAGUCCGAAGGAUGGAUCCGCUUGAUGCCUCCAACUCUCGUUUUAUUGCGCGAAUUACACAAAAUAGUAUUCAACUUCUCUGACAAUAGCCCGCAGCGCACACGGGAUGGGGAGUAUGUAAUACAAUUUACAACAGACGCUGUCCGCGCCAACGCCAAGCUAAGUGCGGCUGCUGUAUUUGUGAAUAUUGCUACCGAUUCAAGCUGGAGUUCAACUGCGGUGGUUUUCUUCCUGAAAGUGAUGCCCGGGCCGGUCGCCUUCGGCACCUGCGACGCUGCAACACAUAUGGCAGAGGAACGCAAACUGCCCACUUGCGAUGUGCCUCGGGUAAUGAUUGGUUCAGCACUGUUGCACUAUUUGGCGGCCAUUCCAACGAUGAUAAUAUACCUCUUUUGCAUCGUCAAUCCACAGACUAUGCUCUCUCCGGUAGGCAGCCAACUAUUGAUCCAGCUGCUGUCUGAUGGUCACGCAUCUAAAGCGCUUACUGUGAUUGCGGGCGCAUUGAUCCUGGUGAGUUUCACUAUCGGCUGGUGGGCAGCCUUGGGUGUCACUUUCAACGCUCCGAUCUUAAGCACUGUUUUGGGCAUCGCAAUCGGAGCCAUACAACUUGGGUCAACUACCGCUCUGAACGCAGGCCUAGCAGGGGCAAGUCUGUGCUGUGGCUUUUCUUGGAUUGUCGUAUUCACCUUUCGUGAGUGGCGGGGCAACGACUUGAUCUACAGCGUUGGCUUAAUCUGGGGAAGUGGGGUCGUCCGUUGCCUAUAA